AAGUUUACUUGAGCUACCCUAACUGUGCACAAUUGAGACAGUGUCCCCAACUGUUCUAACAGAGAGAGAGAGAGAGAGAGAGAGAGAGAGAGAGAGAGAGAGAAGUGGAGACCAACAAACCCGGAGGUUUCUCCCCGGAGCUCCGCUAGCGUUUAGUCCUACCCAGAGUAGUUCCUAAACCAGCUGCGUCGUUUUCACGUCUACGAUAAUAAUGAAUUACUAACACAGUGGCCCUGGGCCCCCUCCAGGCCGUUAUCAUGGGUUGCGCCAUGAGUGCAGAGGAGCGCGCUUCCCGUGCACGGAGCAAGCAGAUUGAGAAGAACUUGAAAGAGGAUGGAAUACAGGCUGCUAAAGAUAUAAAACUGCUUCUACUAGGGGCUGGAGAAUCUGGAAAAAGUACAAUAGUGAAGCAGAUGAAAAUUAUUCAUGAAAGUGGAUUUACAAGCGAGGAUUUCAAGCAGUAUAGACCUGUUGUGUACUCGAACACCAUCCAGUCCCUGGUUGCUAUUCUCAGGGCCAUGCCCAACCUGAACAUCAGCUUUACCAACAACGAGAGAGAAGCAGACGCCAAGAUGGUGAUGGAUGUGGUGAGCAGAAUGGAAGAUACGGAACCCUUCUCCGAGGAGCUUCUGGCUGGGAUGAAACGACUCUGGGUUGACUCAGGGGUACAGGAGUGUUUCAGCAGAUCUAACGAGUAUCAGCUAAACGAUUCAGCUAAAUAUUUCUUGGAUGAUCUGGAUAGGUUAGGAGCUAAAGAUUACCAACCAACGGAACAAGAUAUUCUCCGGACUAGGGUGAAAACUACUGGAAUCGUUGAAGUUCAUUUCUCCUUUAAAAACCUCAACUUCAAGCUGUUUGAUGUUGGAGGCCAGAGGUCGGAACGAAAGAAAUGGAUUCACUGCUUCGAGGACGUAACAGCGAUCAUCUUCUGUGUAGCUAUGUCAGAAUACGAUCAAGUUCUACAUGAAGAUGAAACCACGAACCGAAUGCAGGAGAGCUUGAAAUUGUUUGAUUCAAUCUGUAACAAUAAAUGGUUUGGUGACACAUCGAUCAUUCUUUUCCUCAACAAAAAGGAUCUCUUCGAAGAAAAGAUUCUUAGAUCUCCACUCACCAUUUGCUUUCCAGAGUAUGCCGGCGCCCAGGAGUAUGGUGAAGCUGCUGCCUAUAUCCAAGCACAAUUUGAAGCUAAAAACAAGUCUACAACAAAGGAGAUCUACUGCCAUAUGACCUGCGCCACCGACACACAGAACGUACAGUUUGUCUUCGACGCCGUCACCGACGUCAUCAUCGCAAACAAUCUUCGUGGUUGCGGUUUAUACUAGACGUUUGUUUGUCUGGAUUAUGAAGAACUGAAUCAAGUCCAUGUACAACCACCCAUCCAGUCAUCAAUAUAUAUAUUUAGUUCGAUAUAUCGAACACAGAUGUCGUGCACAAGAGCUGAACAGACUCUUUAUUACUUUUGUCUCAUUUUUGUGAAUUUCACUCAUUUUUCUUGUUUUAUCAAAGGUUAUAAGUUCUAUACUUUUGUUAUUGGAUUUUCUUGAAUCCAGAAUUGUGAAAUUUCAAAUAAGUCGAUCAGCCCACCGUCCCUCGUCGGCUGCCGAAAAUCUGCCAGGAAACGCGAGCAGCAGCGAGUGGAGUCCAGUAAAAAUCCACGAAAAUGAAGAUCUCUACAUUUGUCUGUAGGACCGCAGACUUAUCUAGAUUCCCUCAUUUAUUUAAUCCUUCAAUCAAUAGUGAAAAUCAGCUGACCUAUCAGCUUAUCCAGAUAAGCUGUUUUAAAACGCUGACUCGACUGCUAACUCUGAGUUAGCUCCAUCACCCGCUGGAAUUUUAGAAUUUUGUAUUUUAAAAAAUCUGUAUUUUUUCAAUAGUUUAUUCUCCCAGAUAACAGUAUUAUUAUACGACUGGCUGGGAUGGAGAUAUCGUCAGCACAACUCAAAACAUUUAUUCAUAUUUGUAUCAUCAGAAUAAACUUCAAGAACAAAA